AUGGACGACAUGAUCGAGUUGCGCGGAUUUGAGGAGCCUGUGAAAAAAUCGAAGAAAGGAGGAGGUCGCGCGAAAGAGGAUAAAGAUAAGGAAAAAGAUAAGGAAAAGAAAUCGGAAACUAGGAAAGAGUCAGUCGAAAACGGAAAAGUUGAGAAAUCGCGUAGUAUGGAUGAUUCAGGCUCUGUAACGCAUCAUACUGGACCAGCAUUACCAGAAUCUGAUGCUGAAUUGGCAGCGAUCUUAGGCCUUCUUGACAUGCCGGAUGAUACUACUAUGGCUAGCCUUUUUGAUAAGGGAAAUCCCUCGAUGCCUCCAACAGUGGUAGGACCUGGAGGUGUGCGUGCUAUGCGCCUAGAAGACAUUGAAAAGGCAAUAAGCACAAAGGACUCGCGCAGUGGUUCGGUAUGUCUAGACGUUUUUUUAGUUUGAAU